CUAAGAAUAAGGAUGGACGGACAGCGCUGCAUUCGGCGGCAACGUAUGGGCAUGAGGCGGUUGUUAAGCUGCUUCUCGAUACUGGCAAGGUUGACGCAAAUGUUCAGGACCGGUAUAAACGGACAGCACUGCAUAUGGCAGCAGAGAAUAGGCACGAGACGGUUGUUAAGCUACUCAGCCUUGCAUCCUAAGAGGCAGGCUUGGAGGACAACUCCACCUCGAGUCAGCCUUUCACAAUCUUUCCUCCUGCAAGAAUUAAUCUUGGUUUACUCCUCAGUCUUUAUUGUUUACUCCCUAUUGCUUCCUAUCGUAUUGGGAGUCCCCCUGGUCGUCGUACAUCUCAACAGCAACGCUGGAGGGUCCGCAAUGGCAAUAUCACGCAGAAUGUAUUCGCAGCAGUCAAAAGUGACAGAACCUUCUCGUAUGUUCUGGCAGGCGCGGAGGGCUCUAACAACAAUGCCUCGCUUUGUGCUCAAGCUUUCGGUCGAUCUUUUCGGGUCCCAGAUGGUUGAUAUUAUGUCGUGGAUACGGGGUUUGACGUGUGGCAGGGAAUCGUGGAUUUGCAAGA